CUCCGCCAGCCAAUGGGCGGUCCGCAUCCCCUCCUCUGUCAUCCGACGCUGUCGGCAGCAGGGAUUGGCUGGUGUGAUCUGAGCUCGGGGAGGCAGAUGAAACGCCAGGUCCGCUCCUGCCUCCGGGGACAACCGGGCUGCUGCUGUAGCCGCCGUGUGAUGGGAACCGGCGCUCGCUCGUCUCAGGGGCAAUAACAUCCAAUUCAGCAGUAGGGGGAAAAAGGGGAGAGAAAAAAGACAGGACCCCACCUUUUUUUCUCUUUUUCUCUUUCUUUUCUUUCUUUCCCUUCCAUCUGCUUGCUCUUGGUGUGGUCCUGUUGCUCUGGUGAUCCACCUUCAUGUGGAGACAGAGGCUGCUGCUGCUGCUGCUGGGCUCUGUCUCUCCCUCAUCAUCACCAUCAUCAUCACCAUCAUCAUCAUCAUCAUCAUCAUCCUCAUCCCUCCUCUCCGGAACAGGUUGAUCUUUGGGUUGUUUUUGCGCCGAGGAGCUGAUUUUUGCGGGAAUCCCACUCCUCCUCCAUGUACGAUAACUUGUACCGACAUGGAUUUGAAGACUCGGAGGCGGGCUCAGCUGAUUCCUACACAAGCCGACCGUCUGACUCGGACGUGUCCCUGGAGGAGGAGAAGGAGGGCGGCCGGCAAGAGAAGGAGCAGCAGGCCACCGUUCAGCUCGAGAGGGCAAAGACCAAAGCGGUGGCAUUCGCCGUGAGGACCAAUGUCGGCUACUGCGGCGCGUUGGACGAGGACGUUCCAGUGGCCGGCACCGCCGUCUCCUUCGAUGCCAAGGACUUCCUCCACAUCAAGGAGAAGUACAAUAACGACUGGUGGAUCGGCCGCCUGGUGAAGGAAGGCUGCGACAUCGGCUUCAUCCCGAGCCCCCUCAAGCUGGAAAACAUCCGACUCCAGCAGGAGCAGAAGAGAGGACGCUUCCAUGGCAGCAAAUCCAGUGGGAACUCGUCCUCGAGUCUCGGAGAGAUGGUGUCGGGCACGUUCAAGCCAAACCCCAACUCGGCAGGAAAGCAGAAACAGAAAGUGGCGGAGCACGUCCCUCCCUACGACGUGGUUCCUUCCAUGAGGCCGGUCGUCCUGGUGGGACCGUCCCUGAAAGGUUAUGAGGUGACAGACAUGAUGCAGAAAGCGCUGUUUGACUUCCUGAAGCACAGGUUUGACGGGAGGAUAUCCAUCACAAGGGUAACGGCAGACAUAUCCUUGGCCAAGAGGUGUCCAAACAUCAUGCGAUCGCCUUCACAUUCCUCUGCGUUCAUCGUUGCGCUGCUCUAUGUCGCUGUCUUUCCCGUAGCGGAGGUCCAGAGUGAAAUAGAAAGGAUCUUCGAGCUGGCCAGGUCUCUACAGCUGGUGGUGUUGGACGCAGACACCAUCAACCAUCCGGCGCAGCUCAUCAAGACCUCAUUAGCUCCCAUUAUCGUCCACGUGAAAGUGUCCUCACCUAAGGUUCUCCAGCGGCUGAUCAAAUCAAGGGGGAAGUCUCAAAGCAAACACUUGAACGUGCAGCUCGUCGCGGCUGAAAAGCUGGCACAGUGUCCCUCUGAGAUGUUUGACAUUAUUCUGGAUGAGAACCAGCUGGAGGACGCCUGCGAACACCUGGCCGAGUACCUGGAGGCCUACUGGCGUGCGACGCACACGUCACUCAGCGCGCCGCUCAACCCCCUGCUGGGACGCAACCUGGGCUCCACCGCCCUCUCCCCGUAUCCUGCUGCCAUUCAGGCCCAAAGAAACCGGAACAGCAACCACACCACAACAGACCUUUCGCCCGUCGAACGCCGCAGCCUGAUGCCCGCCGACGAGAACUACCACAACGAGCGGGCGCGGAAGAAUCGCAACCGCAUGUCCUCGGGCUCGCAGCACAGCCGCGACCACUCGCCCCUGGUGGAGGAGGACUACCAGGACCCCUACCAGGACUCGUACAAGCCCCACCGUAACCGAGGGUCGCCGGGAGGCUACUGCCAGGAAACCAGGCACCGGCUCUGAGCCGUGGCCUGCAGCGAGCGAAGUCAGGGCCUGCCUUUCUCUCAACAGACCACCGGGGACCUACGAGCUGUAAGGCAGAUUUCCCUGUGUCAUGACGAAACUACUACACUCAUUUGGACAGCGACAACCUUGUAUUGAUGUGUAGUACCUCAUAUUCCCUUUGGCCUUGACGCCAAAUGGGCAAAAAUUAUAAACCCUGCUCUUGCUUUGAUGUUAAAAGAGAAGGGACUGGAUAUGAAAGUAGCACACGACCAGAAAAGCUCUGUUUAAAAGGGAAGACGAUGCCCCAGAUGUGGUUUGUGAUUCGAUGUACACUAGCGCGUGACGUAGGCUCCUCCCGUCACCUCAGAUGUUACUGUAGCAUGCGGGAAGGACUGUGAUUGCAGGUCACACUUCACGCCUCAAAUCCAGUGCCAGACAGCAGGAGCAGCCGGUGGUUGAUGAUCAGCACAGAAAUCCCGUUUGCACGCACCCAGGAGCUGGUCAGAAGCAGAAUAUGAAUGCAUCCUUACCGCUUCUCAUGUUUGUUUACCACUGUCCUUUGACGUGAGAGUAAUAAAUCUUGUGGAAGCCUGUUGUCAAAUCCCCGAGUUUUGCAGAUUUUAUUUCAAGUGACAUUUAUGGUGGUGGAUGGUGGUGGUGUGUGCUCUUCAGGGUCCACACAGUAGCUCCCUGUGCGCAUUCUUUCUUCCUCAUUAACCACAUCUAGACAGAAAUGUUAAAAACUCGUGCAGAUGCUAAUUCAUUUCAAAGCUCCAAACCUCAGGAAUGAGAGGUCACUGUAGACCUGGUGUGCUGACAGAUGUAGCGUUUAUGUUCUCACCCAUCUGAUGGGGAUUUGAUACUGAGAGUUGCGUUGAUAUUGUUCAAAGACGUUAUGAUUUAGUUGAUACAAAAGCGAGUUAUUAAUAUCAGGAGCUCCGGAGUCACUACAACGGUCAGGCCAGCAUGACUUUUUUUUUCAUAUGCCGUCAUGCAUCUUUCAGCUGCUGUUGUCUGUCGUGCUUAUAGCAGGACGUGAUUUGGACUUAGAUUUUUAAUGAAUGACUUAUAUUGAGGGCUUCCAUUUGUAAAUACAGUCAAAGAAUUGAAUUAAAUUACAUUUCGUUCAUUUCCUCUUUCAAAGCGUUGGAUUUGCCUUCCAACAUCGGACAAAGAAUAAAAAACUUUCCUCCACCUGACUUUAUUUUUAAAGGUUUUAUGAGAAAAAAUUCAGUUAUUUGUUUUCAUUUCAUAAUUAGUGAUAAACUAUCUGAAAGCACUUGGGCAGGACCUUGUGCUGCAUUAGUCACAAUGUCUUUUAAAUGUAGAGCAGUUUCCUGCAUUUAUGAAAAAUCUGAUGAAUCACACAGGAUUACUAUAUCAUUAUUGUAUCUUGAAAUUUAUUAUUGUUGGGAGUUAAUUUUUUUUUUUAGCCCAUAGGCCAGAGAACUCAUUGUGCUCCGGCAAUUCUGGAAAAAGGAACAUUGACAAACAGAUAUUUGUUCUUAUCUGCCAUAUACAGUAGCUUUUAUUGUUGUUGUUGUUGUUUCUAAACUCUGGAGAAUAAGCAACAAUUUCAAAGAUCUGAAUACUGCCUGAGAGAGAAUGAUGCAUUGAGUAGAAGUUUGUGUGCACUGUCAUUUUACAACUGUAAUGAAAUAAACUGCCCUUAUGCUGUUGAA